GGACGAUUGACUUCCCGUUUCCUCUGCACAGCAGAGCAAAGAGCAAACCCCGAAACCUAAAACCCUGUGGCUGGGCACCAGAAGUAGCUUAAACCCCGACAGCCAAAACUCGAAUAUGAAGUGAUCCAAAAUCGGGCUGUUGAAAAAGCUUCCAUUCUCUAUCAUCAGUUUCAUGGUCAAGGCCGAAAAAUGUUGGCUUCAAGGAUUCUUCGAAGCCAUUGCUUCAGAACCCUCUCCGCUCUCCACCUCUCCUCCAAUAAUCCCUCCAGAACCAUAGUACUGGCGUUGAAUGGUGUUAGUUCUUCGAGUAUUAGUUCUACUCCAGAUAGUCUUCGGCCUCCUCCGCCGUUGAAUUGCUCUGCUUUCCGCAGCGGAUGGUGCCGCGGGAUGUCGACUUCCAAAGGGAGGAGCAUGAGAAGCAAAGUGGAGAGUAGGAUGAGGAAAGAGUCCGGUAAAACGAUGAGGGAGAUUAGGAGAGCUAAGAAAUUGAAGAAGAAGCUUAUGACUGAUGAAGAGAGGCUUAUUUACAAUCUCAAAAGAGCUAAGAAGAAAGUGGCAUUGCUCCUCCAAAAGCUGAAGAAAUACGAGCUACCCGAGUUGCCCCCAUCGGUGCAUGAUCCCGAGCUAUUCACGCCGGAGCAGCUUCAGUCGUACAAGAAGAUAGGCUUCAAGAACAAGAACUAUGUCCCUGUCGGUGUUCGUGGAGUGUUUGGAGGAGUGGUGCAGAAUAUGCACAUGCACUGGAAGUUUCAUGAGACUGUGCAGGUGUGUUGUGACAACUUUCCAAAGGAAAAGAUCAAAGAGAUGGCCACCAUGAUAGCAAGGCUUAGCGGCGGUAUUGUGGUGAAUAUACAUAAUGUGAAGACGAUUAUCAUGUUCCGUGGCAGGAACUAUCGACAACCGAAGAACUUGAUUCCCUUUAAUACUUUGACAAAGCGGAAGGCAUUAUUCAAGGCAAGAUUUGAGCAAGCACUAGAAUCACAGAAGCUAAACAUCAAGAAGAUAGAGCAACAGCUUCGACGGAUGGGUGUAAAUCCCGAGGAUCCAGUGGCCAUGGCUAGCAUCCAGAGAGUAGCUUCCACGUUCUUCCAUGCAAUUGACAGCAAAGAAGGAAGUCCAUAUGUAUUCAAAGGCGACGAAGUCUCAUCACCACAGCCUGCUGAUGAUGAUGCGGAGCAUUCAGAUCAAGGAGCCGAUAGUGAUCAGGAGGAGCUGAACCGCUUUAUAUCUGAGAUAGAGGAUGCUGCAGAUAGAGAAUGGGCUGCUGAAGAAGCAGCUGAGCAAGAAGAGUUUGGCAGGAUUAGGUAUAGGAACAAAGAUGAAAAUGGCGGGAGGCUAAGAUUUGAGAAUAAAGAAGCUUAUGAGGAGGCUGUCAGACAAGGGAAGGUUUGGCGUGACCCACGUGAUGAUCGCAGGAGUUCUGGGAGAGAUGAUGAUGGUGACGAGAGGGAUGGAAUCUCAGAUGAAGAGGAUGAGUGGGAUUCUGACGAUGAUCCCCGAGAUACUAAUGAUCAUGUUAUAGGUAGAUCACAGAAAAUGAACCAAGAUAGGGGUAGAAGUAUGAGGUAUAGUAACAACGACCGUGGUGAUAGAAGACCUUCUACAACUAAAUUCAACAGGAAGGAAGUUGAAGAAAAAGAAGAGGAUGAGUGGGACUCUGAUGAUGAUUCUCGUGAUACUAAUGGUCGUGUUAUAGCUAGAUCACAGACAAGAAACCAACAUAGGGAUACAAGUACGAGGUAUAAUAACAGCGAUCAUUUUGAUAGAAGACCUGCUGUGAAUAAGUUCAAUAGGAAGGAAGUCGAAGAAAAAGAAGAAGAUUCUGAAUCUGACGACAUGCUGAGUGAUCUCGACAAUGCGAUGUGGAAUUCAGACGAAGAAGAAGAUGAAAUUGGGGCAUCGAAGAAGAAAAUGCCUCCAGGCCGCAGUUUUAGAAGCAGCAGUAGUGGAGAAGAGGAUGAUGAAGUGGAUUCUCGUGGCAAGUUGAGAACAACUCGAGGUGCAAGAGUGAGUAAAGGAAGAUUCAGCGCAAGGACAAGUGAGUCCCGAGCAAGUUGCAGAAGGGAACCAGCUGCUGAUGGAGAUUCUGGUUCAGAAGAUGUGGGCUUCCCAAUGUGGCAAUCGGACUCGGACGAUGAACUCAAUCCAAAUGAAGGCAGCAAACUCGGCUUCAAUCACACGGAUGAAACUAAGGAGCAUGGGGAGCAAGGGGGGAAGAAGGUGAAGACGGUGAAAGAAAUGGACGAACUUUGGGACAGUGACUGAGUCAUCUGCAGCAAUUCCAAGCUAUUGAUUUAGUAGCCAGAAGCAACCAAACCCCUCCUCGCCAUUCUGUGGCAGAACAUAUUGUGAUUCAUUGUUAUUGUUAAAAAGCUGUAAUCUUGUUCGUUGAUUCAAAUCGAAGUCGUACCAUGUCAGAUUAGCAGCAGCAGCAGCAGCAGAAAGCUGCCUUCUGCAACAGUUUUGUAUACCCCCAGGCCCCAUGAUUGAAAAUAGACGCAUAUUAUGUUGACGGAUCACUUAUUAUUGCUCGUUCCAUGGGUCUGAUACCACUUCCGUAUGAGUUCAAUGUGUCAACCUUCUCGACUAUGGCCUCAUAUGAUCUGAAACGACCUAAAUGCCACUCUUCUGUGGGAAUAUUCAUGCUCUAGUCAGUCAACCAUUCACCACUCACCAUCUAGCAAGAGAAGUUAAGGAUUCACGCGUCCAAAAAGUAAUAUGAAAAGAGAUUAGUUAAAAAAACAAAAAACAUAUCAAGAACGAAGUCUUGUAUGUGUGGUAGACUUUUCCAAGUCAAUCUUCCAUUCCCAUCCCACUGAUUAUCUUGGCAUUAACUGAGAAAACAUACGCGGCAUUUCAUGACCACGACAUUGUCUUAAUUCUUUUGAUUAUCAAUAUUAGAGUGAUUAGCUAGAUAAUUAAAUAAACAGUAAGAUUAAUGUUACUACUAGCAUGAAGUGUAGCUCUUGAUGAUUUCAUUAUUCACCUGUCAUUGUCCCUUGAGACGGCCGGGGACGGCAAACUAAACUGCACAAGUCCACCUACAAAACAAAUAAUCAGGAAUAUUAUCCUCCACAACCUUGACAAAACUAGAUCUUGUUGAUUAUGAUUGCUACAUUUAUUUUAAGUCGAGAGAGACGAUCAUCAUAAAUAUACAUGAAUGAGCGAGCGAGUUUGAUACUAGAGAAAUCUUAUAAUAUAGUAUAGUAUACUCGUGACACUCGAAUAAACCAUGUGAUAUGUUUGUUUUACGUUAGUGUAAUAAUAGCAAGAAGAGAAGAGUUAAUUUAGGAUGAAGGAUUGAAGUUUCUUCUUUUGUGAUUGGGUGUGCCAUAUGUGGAGUGAUAGUAAGUUUAUAACAAGUGGGGACCUAAUAUUAGAUAAAUAAGACUGAUAAGGUAGAAUUUUAUAAUAGUGUUUUUCCACGUUCUCACUGUAUAAUCUUCUUCUUGUCAUUUAGUUGGUAAAUGGGAGAAUGUUUAACUCUACAUGCCCAUUGACUAAAAUAUCAUCAAAUUUUGAGGAUCGGCCACAUUGAGAAAGGAAGCGAGGAAACAGGCAACUUGGCAAUGACUACAUCAAAGUUUGAACAUGAUUGUGAUUGUGAUUGUGAAGAGACCGUAAGUGCUGGGUAGAGAGAAGACUCAUGACUCGUUUUAGAUUCGUUUGUGAGUUGUAUGAUAUUUGUUUAAGAAAGUAGUAGAAUUAGGUUUUGGAGGAUUCGUAUGAAAAUGGUUGUCCUAUUUGAUUUCACUUGUAACAACAAUUAGAGUUCUGGUGAUUCAGAAUAGUACGAAAGAACAAAAACUCAUAUUAUGCCUUGUUAUGCUCGUGAAUAGAUAAUUUUCAUUUGAUACGAGUUGGAUCAAAUCAAAUAAAAUGGAUGAUAGAUAAAAUGGUAGAGGCUAGACAAAAAAAAAACUUCCUCUCGUUCGUCACUCCGCUUAUAAACCAGACAAUACUUG